AUGCAACGCCUAUUGAAAUACACCGCGACUUUGGACGCUAGCCGCCAAUCUUUUCCAGCUGCGAUCGCGCUGCCACUAAGACUCAUGGAGCGGCUCCUGGCCAGCAGCCAGGUUGAGGACUUCCUGGCUCGCCUGAGGGAAAGCAUCGCGCAAUCCGAAGCGGUGGGAAUUGUUAGUGUUGAAGCAGCAGGCGAAGAAUGGAGCGGGCAGGAAGCAGAUGUCGGCUUGCGGAGGCCUCUGCCCUUCAGGCCCCCUAACCGGCCUGCUGACAUUAUGACAGGACAGAGCGCUCCUUUCUAUGGAUACUACGCUGGUGGGAAUCAAGCAGGCCAAAGCAGCAACCCAGUUACGUUCUCGGGAAGCUUCCCUCCGCGUCAAGUGCAACAUUCACCAGAAACACCAGGGGUCUUCUCAAGGACCAAGGAGUUAGAAGCUCUUGAAAGUGUCGCAGCUCAGAAUCUUAAGCAGCGCAUGAUCCUCAAGUGGCAGCUUGACAUCCGAGCAAGCAUUUUGAGAGCUCAGCUGGAGGAAACAGAGCAAGAGAUGCAGAAGAACGCGACGGAACUAGGGUUUGCAGGCAGGCAGGCUCAAGAGAUCAGAGAUCUGAGACGUCAGAUAGACCUGAACAGCAUGCACGUUUACCAGCCUCCAUCCAGCAAUUCAGGGGGUGGCCCUUUUGCAGAAAGCGAACGGAACUUACCUCCAUGGGAACAAGCUGAGCAGACCAGAAACUCUCAGGUUCUUCUGGGGGCGUUCGUCCAACGUGGUGCACUUGCAGCUUCUUCGGCGCCGCUUCCACCGGAAGAACUGGCGACAAGAAUUGCUUCUCUCGGGAAAGACGUCGCGGUUGGCUCUGUGGGAGAUCGACAGCCUCUCUCUCCCCAGCCGUUCUUGACACCAUCGAAGGUGACGCAAGAAGGUUCUCAAAUCGCGCACGGAAAGGAUGCAGCGGGUGAUGAGGAAGGAGGAGAGGAGCUCGUGAAGAGAGCAACAAGUCAGGCCGAAGACAAGGGUAGCAGACAAGAGGUCGUUCCAGACAAUUCAUUUUCUGAGGGGGCCGGAAAAGCCGUCAAAGAGCCUGAGGAAAACAGGGCAAAGCAGGAUGUCCCGAUUGUUGGUGUGGAAACAGCAGGCAGAAGCGAAGUUGCGGGAGGGAACGCAACGGGACAGAAGGGAGCCGUAGCCGAAAAUCAAACAAAGCCGCAGCCAGGCGAAGGCUCUUCAGUUAGUAAGAGGGUGCAGAAUGAAGAAGAGAAAGAAGGGCGGAGCGAAGAUCAGAGGAAAGAAGAGCAGAAGCCAAACUCGACGUCAGCUGCGCCAGAGAGCAGAACUGAAAGCGUGCACGAGAGGAGACAGAGCUCUGGCAGCAAAGCGGAGCGGGUGGCUACGGUCGAAGCUCCUGUGCCAGAGUCGGAACGGAGGCCGCAGAUUGCAAGGCGCAAUGCGGACGAAGGGAAGAGACCGGAAAAAGAUGUCCAGAGAAGCAGAGAGAGCGGAGGAGGGAGGCAAGAAGACGCUGAGAAGGAGAGGGGGCGCCCGGAAAGAGUGCAUCACGCAGGGCGAGUCGGCGAAAUGCUUUCUGAAGAGAAGGGCCGCUGGAUGGAGAAGAGGAAGAGCCCCACAACAGGGAUUAGCGGCGCUCCGGCAGAAAAGCUCAAGAGCAGCCAAGUGGAGUACCAGAUGCUUCAGCUGAAGAGAAGGAGGUGGGAGACGCCGCGGAAGGAAUCAGACCGCCAGCCGCAGAAAUGA